CGCUGUUGCUGUUCCGGAAGCGUCAUGGUGGCUCAGUCUGCUGCCCCAACUUGGCUGUGAUCAGGUCUGGGGGCACCACAAGCUUUGUUCAUGGUUGGCGUGGCUAAGAAACACAUCCGAGCCAACAAGGGAACCAGCUGGCAUUUCAGUAGGACUAUGGAAGAGCUCGUCCAUGACCUUGUGUCGGCGCUGGAAGAAAGCUCAGAGCAGGCUAGAGGAUGUUUUGUCGACACUGGUGACCACUCGCGAAGCAUCUCGUGUCUUCUCAAAAGGCAAGCAAGGAAACGGAGAGGAAGGAAGCGGCGCUCUGAUAAUACGCACCACCCGUGGGAAACGGGGCACUGCCUGAGCGAUGGUUCCGACUCCAGUCUAGAAGAGCAAAAUAAAGAUUACCGGGAAUGUGUCAGUAAUAGUAAAAAAGACAGCGACUCGGAUGAUCAGUUGUUACUCGCGAAAAGGCGACCGUCGUCAAACAUGAACAACAUACGCGGUAAAAGGCCCCUGUGGCACGAAUCUGAUUUAGUUGUAGACUCUUUGGCAAGCCGAACUCUGAGAAGGAGACGGAAAGUGAAACGGAUGGCAAUAGAUCCCCCGGCAGAAUUCACCAGUCCAAUGUCACUGUCGCAGGGCCGAGAUCAGUCAAUGGACAAUGAUGGCAAGCAUUACCAACACCUAGAGAUUAGUAAAGGCAAAAUCAAGAAAAGGAAAAUCUCCGCCUCGAGACACGGCCUGGAAAUUGCAGAUGAGGGAGUUGUCGUAGAAGGAGAGGAGCUAAGUCAUAUAAACAAAGACAAAAUGGAAUACGAAGAACAGAAGGGUUCUGAUGAGAAUAUGAGCGACAGUGAAUCGAGCAGUAUAAGCAGCAGUGAUGCCGGCUUGUUUACCAACGACGAGGGACGCCAAGGUGACGAUGAACAGAGCGACUGGUUCUACGAAAGUGAACCUGGGGGAGCAUGCGGCAUCACCGGGGUAAUACCGUGGUGGGAUCAGGAGAACCCUGCCGAGCUAGAAAAAGAGCUUCCCGACCCGGUCUUUGAGAGCAUAUUAACUGGCUCCUUCCCUCUCAUGUCACAUUCAGCCCAAAGAGGUUUCCAGGCUAGACUGAGUCGUCUCCAUGCCGUACAAUCAAGAAACCUUCGGAAGCCUCCGGCAAACGCAAGUUCUCUGAUUACCAGUCCUGGCUCCAGCAAUACCGAAAGGUUGGUCCACUUUUCUCAAGAGUCCCAUCCUCAUGAUCACUGGUUUAACCCGGGGGCAAGAAAGGACCACAGCCCGCUUUUAAGAGACACCCGCUCAGACAGAGGCCACAAAAAGAACUGCUCUGUGAAAACGGCAAGUCGGCAAACAAGCGUCCACUUAGGAUCUUUGUUCAUGGGGGACAUCAAACGAAGAAGGAAGGCUGCUCCACUUCCAGGGCCUACAGCAGCUGGGUUCAUUGGGGAGAAUGCCCAGCCAAUCCCAGACAGUAAUAUUGGAAAUCGGAUGCUUCAGAACAUGGGCUGGACCCCCGGCACAGGACUCGGACCUGAAGGCAAAGGGAUAUCUGAGCCUAUACGAGCUCUUCAAAGGCCGAAGGGACUGGGGCUCGGCUUUAGCUGAUGUGAAUACGUCCAACUAACAUUUAAAAACCUCUUGGAAAGUUUAUAUUGUCAGUAAAUAUUAUUUCUAAAGUUUUUAUUUUUUUUUUUUUCCCUGCUUACACAACAGAAGCCAAACAACUUAAAAUAUCAACACCAGCUCUUCACCUCCAAGAAAUAUCCAUGUUCUCAAAAC